UGGCAUCCAGUUCGGCACUUCGUGUUGGCGCGCGUCCGCGAACCUUCUGAAGCAGUCCAUAUUUUCAAAUCGUUAAAUUGGGAAACAAUUGAUAUCAGACGUUGGUGAAGUGAAAUUUCAGUUUGGUGAAUUUGCAGUGAGCGAAGAAACAAAGUAAUCGAAAUGGAAAUCACGGAGCUUUACCGCUACUAUUGGCACGAGCAAGUUGACCAGAGGACCAAGGACCUACCCUUUAUGGUAUCGCCCAUAAUCAUUCCUUCGACUCUGUUAGCGUAUCUAGUCAUUGUUCUACACUUGGCACCGGAUUACAUGAAGAACAGGGAGCCGUAUAGCUUGAAAACUUUCAUCAGAUACUACAACGUCUUCCAAGUUUUCAUCAACGCGUACAUAAUUAUGCAGUUGUUUAGCGCUGGUUUAUUUUCCAAUCUGAAGAACUUCUGCUUUGAUGAGGAUUAUUCCUUCGACCCUGAUUCCCUAAAGAUAUCGUACACGUGCUGGCUGGGUCUGAUGAUAAAGAUCGUCGAUCUAGUUGAGACAGUGACGUUCGUGCUCAGGAAAAAAAACAACCAGGUUACCUUCUUGCACCUGUACCACCAUGUAUCGACAGUGCUGGUGGUCUGGAUGUUCACGAAAUAUAUGGCAACGCAUAUGAUCGCGGUUCCGCUCGCGGUGAACUGCGCUGUGCACGUGGUCAUGUACACUUAUUAUUUCUUCAGCAGCUUCGGCGACAAAUCGCCGAAAAUUCUGAAGACGAUUAAACCGCUGAUCACGAUAAUGCAAAUGGUGCAGUUUGUCUACAUGAUAAUACACGCCCUUGUGCCAUUCGUGCAGGACUGUAAUGUCAGUAGCAUCCCAUCGAUCGUACAAAUCACUAAUAUCUCAAUCAACUUCGCACUGUUCUACAACUUCUAUCGGAAGACCUAUAAGACUCCGAAGAAGAAGGCGAAUUAAAUGAAACUAGAACCAUUGGAUCCUGACAAGUAAUAUCGCAAUAAAUCAUAAUUUAUUUUUCGAUUG